AUGACUUCUUUACCUUCUAGAUCGGCUGAGGAGAAGCCAUUGCAAAGAGCCGAGGAGGUCAACGAUCUCCUUAACUCGAUACAAGAACUCAUCAUCCCUUUCAUUCGCUCUGCAGACGAGGAUGCAGCAACAAAGCACACUGGUCACGGUCUCGCCAUCGAAGGACAAGGACCCCGAACCGCUCUCGUCGAAUACCAUCCUCCAAACAAGCUAAAGUCUCUCUUCGACGUCCAACUUCCCGAGUCUUCUGCUGGAAAAGAAGGACUACUUGAUGUAGUGCAAAAGCUGCUCAAGUACAGUGUCAACACUUGGGAUCAAGGGUUCAUGGAUAAACUAUAUGCCUCCACCAAUGCCGUUGGCGUGGUUAGCGAACUGCUUCUCGCAGUGCUAAACACGAACCUGCAUGUCUAUCAGGUAUCUCCUGCAUUGACGAUUGUGGAAAAGACGACGAGUAAGGUAUUGGCUAAACUCUUUGGCUUUGGCGGCGCACAUGGAGGUGGUAUUUCGCAGCCUGGAGGCUCGGCUAGCAAUGCAACGAGCAUUGCCAUUGCGAGAAACACUUUGCACCCGGAGACAAAGACGGACGGUAUCAAUGGCCGCAGAUUUACUCUGUUUACUUCUGCUCAUGGACAUUAUUCGCUGGAAAAGGCGGCGCAAAUGUUUGGAUUCGGAUCUUCUGCUGUCAUUGGAGUUGCGGUGGAUAAGCAGGGCCGUAUGCUCCCCUCUGCUCUCGACGAAGCAGUGCAAAAGUCAAAGGAUGCAGGUGAAGUUCCCUUUUACGUCAAUGCAACUGCUGGAACCACUGUCCUUGGCUCUUACGACCCCAUCGGUCCCAUCGCCGACGUUUGCGAAAAGCACAAACUCUGGCUCCACAUUGACGGCUCUUGGGGCGGCCCCGUCAUCUUCUCUGCCACCCACAAACACAAGCUCGAAGGAGUGGAAAGAGCAGACAGCAUUGGCGUCACACCGCAUAAAAUGCUUUCGGUACCCAUGACUUGCUCCUUCCUACUCGGAAAAGACAUGCGUCAAUUCCAGCGCGCAAUGACACUACCAGCCGGCUACCUCUUCCACAGCGACUCCGACGAAGACGCUUCCGCCGCAAACACCACCGAAGCCUCUGAACCCGAUGUCUCUCGCCCCGAAGCAGAAAUCUGGGAUCUCGCAGACUUGACCCCUCAAUGCGGACGCAGAGGUGACGCGCUCAAACUCGCUUUAUCCUGGAUCUAUUAUGGCUCCUCUGGCUUCGAAGCUUCCAUCGACUCUGCAUUUUCCGCUGCUGCCACUCUUGCUGAUUUGGUGUCUGCUAAUCCUGCCUUUUCGCUGGUAUCGGAGAAUCCGCCUCCGUGUUGGCAGGUUUGCUUUUACUAUAACAAGCAGGAUGGGGCUGCAGAUAAGAACUGCAAGAUUACGGAGAGUAUUACCAAGAAGCUUAUUCCUAGGGGCUUUAUGGUUGAUUAUGCGCCUGGUGAGGAAGGCAAGUUUUUCAGGGUUGUUGUCAAUCCUGCGACGAGGAGGGGACUCUGGAAGGGCUGGUCAAGGCUAUUGAGGAGAUUGGUGCGGAGUUGA